CUGACGAUUAAAUUUUUAAGUGUGUAUAACAAUUUUAUAGCUGGCUAAAAAGCAUUAGUUCCACAAACAUACAUAAAAAAAUCUUGCAUAGAACCAUCAACAUAAAAUGAUAAAAAUAUUUAGCAUAAAAAUCAUCUGAUUUCGUGGAUUUCGUAUAAAUACAACAAAAACACAACUUCAUACUGAUAAGUAUUUUCAAAAUAUAAAAAUAAUAACUUGAAUAAUAUACGACAAUCUGUUAGUGUGCAGUGUUUAACAAGCCGAAGAAAGGAAUUUUAUAAUACAAUGAUCAAAAUUACGAACUAUGGAAGGAACUGAUCUAAACAGGAUUAGUUAAUAUUAUAUUUUUUGAAACCAUUUACGAACGCGAGUGUUCAACUUUAAUACUGCGCAGUCCAUUCCCAUAACAUUUUUUUCUGCCAUCAUGUUACGAAAAUUAUCUACAAUUAAACCCAUUGUUCCAUUCGUUCGACAGUAUAGUGUUUGUGAACUUCCCAAAGAGCUUCGCCAAAUUCAGCAAACAUGUUGGAACUUUGCGGAACGCGAGCUCAAACCAAUAGCCGCCGAAUUAGACCACGAAGAACGUUUUCCUUCCAUCCAAAUCAGCAAGCUAGCAAAUCUCGGUCUGAUGCGAGUCACGGUAUCUCCCGAAUAUAAUGGCUCGAAUCUCAACAUGCUGGCCAUGUCCUUGAUCGUGGAGGAACUUUCCAGGGGCUGUGCCAGUACGGGAGUCAUCGUAUCGAUUCACAAUUGCUUGUACGCCGAUUUGUUGAACCGACUCGGAACAGCUGACCAGAAGGACCAAUUUUUUACGAAACACUCUAAUGAUACCAUUGGGGCCUUUGCGUUGAGUGAGUCUGAUGCAGGAUCGGAUGUAGCUGCGUUGAGUACGACAGCUAAGCAAAAUGACGGUGGCGAUUGGAUUUUGAAUGGGACUAAAACCUGGGUAACGUCCGCGAAAGAAGCCAAAAGUGCCAUCGUUUUUGCUACUGUGGACAGAGCGUUGAAAUAUAGAGGAAUUACGGCUUUUUUGGUGAAUUUUGAGGAGGCGAAAGGAUUGACGAUCGGUCGAAAGGAGGACAAGCUGGGAAUACGGGCAACUUCGACGUGUAGUUUACAUUUUGACAAUGUCCGCAUUCCGAAACAAAGUGUACUUGGUGAGGUUGGUGGAGGAUUUAGGAUAGCAAUGGAGCAGUUGGAUCGAGCACGCAUUGGCAUUGCAUCACAAGCUCUGGGUAUCGCACAAGCAGCUUUGGAAACUGCAACGCAAUAUGCCGAACAGAGAAUUGCUUUUGGUGAACCGUUACUGAGAUUGCAUUCCGUUCAAGUGAGGAUCGCCGAAAUGGCGGUGAGGAUUGAAAGUGCAAGGCUGCUUAUCCGUAAGGCGGCCGCAGAAGUGGAUCAAGGCAAGCGGGCCACCAAAGCGAUAUCAAUGGCCAAGUGGAUAGCAGGAGAGACUGCUACCUUUGCUGCACACAACUGCCAACAGAUACUGGGUGGUAUGGGGUACGUCAAAGACAUGGCAGCUGAACGCCACUAUAGAGAUGCACGCAUUACGGAGAUCUACGGCGGCGUAACUGACGUUCAGAAGCUCAUUGUGGCUGAACAUGUGAUACGGGAACUCCAGCAUAAAAAGUGAAUCCAAGAUUCUGUUGAUAUUGAAAGGUAAGUUGUUGAUAUAGGUUUCAUCGUGGUUCAGGGAUUAUUUUUUUUAUAAAAGUAUCUUUUAAAGAUACAAAACAGUUUUUAAAAAACUUUCAAUAUAUAUUUUGUUUUGCA